CACUUCCGCCCUCCCUCGGCGGAAGCGGCGCUCCCGCAGGGGGCGUGGCCUCUUUCUGAGGCGGGCGGCGGCCAUGGCGGAGCCGCGGGUGCUGGUGAUCGACGGGCGCGGGCACCUCCUGGGCCGGCUGGCGGCGAUCGUGGCCAAGCAGGUGCUGCUGGGCCGCCGCGUGGUCGUGGUUCGCUGCGAGGGCAUCAACAUCUCCGGGAACUUCUACCGGAACAAGCUGAAGUUCCUGGCCUUCCUGAGGAAGAGGAUGAACACGAACCCGUCCCGGGGCCCCUUCCACUUCCGAGCGCCCAGCCGCAUCUUCUGGCGCACGGUGCGAGGCAUGCUGCCCCACAAGACCAAGCGGGGCCAGGCGGCGCUGGAGCGGCUCAAGGUGUUCGAUGGGAUCCCCCCUCCCUACGACAAGCGAGACGCAUGGAUGGUGCGCGCGCUGAAAAUCAUCCGCCCCAAACCCACCCGAAAGUUUGCCGUGCUGGGCCGCCUGGGCGACGAGGUGGGCUGGAAGUACCGGGACGUGACCGGAGCCUGGAGGGAGAAGAGGAAGGAGAAGGCCAAGAUCCGGUACAACAAGAAAAGGAAGAUGAUGGUGAGGAAAACGGGGGAAAUCACCCCCAAAAUUGGGGAAAAACCCCAGGAUUUGGGUGUGUGGGACUUGAAAAACUCACAGAGGAGGAAGAACAGGGUGGGAAAGCCCGAAAACCAGGGAAAAGCCCCAAACUGGGGACCUGUCAGUGCCUGA